AUGUCAAAUCUAGGGCCGCUGGCCUCUGACCAUAACCCCUUUGCCGACGAUCACGACGGGUCUGGAGUCGAUCCGAACUCGGAUGCGAAAUCUCGAGACAAGUCACGCCCCAGCGAUUUUAGCCAUGGCCUCUCAAACUCGGACGAGGCCGGGCUGCAGCAGCACCAUUGGGAUCAACAAGACCAGCACCUCGAUGCUCUGACAGCUUCGCUGAAUCGCCAACACGAGAUGAGUCUCCAGAUGAACGAGGAGCUCGAUCUUCAUCAAGAGCUUCUGGAAGAAUUUGACGGCGAUGCGAAUCGUACAGGGCUGCGACUGGGAGGAGCCACUUCCCAGAUGGAUCGUCUUCGAAACAGCCUCAAGGAUCACGAUCCCAUUUGGAGAUCUCUGUUGAAGAGCAACGGUACAUCGGCAACAUCUUUAACGCAAAUCAUGCUACUGUUGGAGAGUCUGCUCGAUGCGUCAAGAGGAAUCGUACGCAAUUCGCUCGUGGGUGACGAUCGGACACGACUACCAUUCGGCCCGACCGAGAAGCACUGCAUCAAACUCGUCGCACGAGCGUCGCCGGACCUCCUUGUUCGCAACAGGGUCCAACGUCGAAAUAGGAAUUCCAAGCACACGACUAGCGUAUUUCGUCAUUGA